CACCGCUCGGCCGGCCCAGGAUGACUCCGCUCCUGCCCGCGCUCUCGCUGCUGCUGCUGGCGGCUGUUAACCCCGCCGGCGCCAACGGCCACUACGACAAGAUCUUGGUGCACAGCCGGAUCCGGGGCCGCGACCACGGCCCCAAUGUCUGCGCCCUUCAGCAGAUCUUAGGCACCGAGAAGAAAUACUUCAGCACUUGCAGGAACUGGUACCAGGGGGCCAUCUGCGGAAAGAAAACGACCGUGCUGUACGAGUGCUGCCCCGGCUACAUGCGCAUGGACGGGAUGCAAGGCUGCACGGCAGUUUUGCCCAUCGACCACGUGUACGGCACCCUGGGCAUCGUGGGCGCCACCACCACGCAGCGCUACUCCGACGUCUCGAAGCUGAGAGAGGAGAUCGAAGGGCAGGGGUCAUUCACGUACUUCGCGCCCAGUAAUGACGCGUGGGACAACCUGGACCCUGACAUUCGCAGAGGUCUGGAGAGCAAUGUAAACGUUGAACUAUUGAACGCCCUGCACAGCCACAUGGUCGAUAAGAGAAUGUUAACCAAGGAUUUAAAAAACGGCCUGAUUGUCCCUUCGAUGUACAACAAUUUGGGGCUUUUCAUUAACCAUUAUCCUAAUGGGGUCGUCACUGUGAACUGCGCACGCAUCAUCCACGGGAACCAGAUCGCGACAAACGGCGUGGUGCACGUCAUCGACCGCGUCCUCACCCAAAUUGGUACCUCCAUCCAGGACUUCAUUGAGGCCGAAGACGAUCUCUCAUCGUUUAGGGCGGCCGCCCUCACGUCGGACAUCCUGGAGACCCUCGGGCGAGACGGGCACUUCACCCUCUUCGCUCCCACCAACGAGGCUUUUGGGAAACUUCCACGUGGGGUCCUAGAGAGAAUCAUGGGGGACAAGGUGGCUUCCGAAGCGCUCCUGAAGCACCACAUCUUAAACACGCUCCAGUGCUCGGAGGCCAUCAUGGGGGGUGCCGUCUUUGAGACCCUGCAAGGCGACACCAUUGAGAUCGGAUGCGACGGGAACAGCAUAACAGUGAAUGGGAUCCAAAUGGUGAACAAAAGAGACAUCGUGACAAACAACGGUGUGAUUCACCUGAUCGAUCAGGUCCUCAUCCCUGAUGCCGCUAAACAAGUUCUUGAGCUGGCGGGGAAGCAGCAGACCACGUUCACGGACCUCGUGGCCCAGUUAGGCCUGGCGUCGACGCUGAGGCCCGAAGGGCAGUACACCCUGCUGGCCCCCCUGAACAACGCGUUUACUGACGAGACCCUGCGCCUGGACCAGCGCCUCCUGAGGCUGAUUCUGCAGAACCACAUCCUGAAAGUGAAGGUCGGCCUGAGCGAGCUUUACAACGGGCAGAGGCUCGAGACGGUCGGGGGCAAGCAGCUCAGGGUCUUCGUGUACCGCACGGCUGUCUGCAUUGAGAACUCCUGCAUGGUGAGAGGAAGCAAGCAGGGGAGGAACGGCGUCAUCCACAUCUUCCGCGAGAUCAUCAGCCCCGCAGACCAGUCCCUGCACGACAGACUAAAGCAGGACAAGCGCUUCAGCAUCUUCCUCAGCCUUCUAGAAGCCGCAGACUUGAAAGACCUCCUGACACAGCCUGGGGACUGGACCUUAUUUGUCCCAACCAACGACGCCUUUAAGGGGAUGACCAAUGAAGAAAAGGAAAUUCUCAUUCGCAACAAAAAUGCUCUUCAAAACAUCAUCCUUUACCACCUGACUCCCGGAGUUUUCAUCGGAAAGGGGUUCGAACCUGGUGUCACUAACAUCCUGAAGACCACGCAAGGGAGCAAAAUCUAUCUGAAAGGAGUGAACGACACGCUUCUGGUGAAUGAACUGAAAUCAAAGGAAUCUGACAUCAUGACAACAAAUGGCGUCAUCCACGUCGUAGAUAAGCUUCUCUACCCAGCAGACACACCUAUUGGGAAUGAUCAGCUGCUGAAUAUUCUUAAUAAACUGAUCAAAUACAUCCAAAUUAAGUUUGUUCGUGGCAGCACCUUCAAAGAAAUCCCCAUGACCGUCUACACAACUAAAAUUAUAACCAAAGUUGUGGAACCAAAAAUUAAAGUGAUUGAAGGCAGUCUUCAGCCUAUUAUCAAAACCGAAGGACCCACAAUAACCAAGGUGACCCUUGAAGGGGGACCUGGAUUCAGGCCGAUUAAAGAAGGUGAAACGGCGACGGAAGUGACCCACGGAGAUCCAAUUAUUAAAAAGUACACCACCAUCAUCGAUGGGGUGCCCAUGGAAAUAACUGAGGAGGAGACGCGGGAAGAGCGGAUCGUGACAGGUCCUGAGAUAAAAUAUACUAGGAUUUCUGCCGGUGGUGGGGAAACAGAAGAAACUCUGAAGAAAUUGUUGCAAGAAGAGGUCACCAAAGUCACCAAAUUCAUUGAAGGGGGUGAUGGCCACUUAUUUGAAGAUGAAGAAAUUAAAAGGCUGCUUCAGGGAGACACACCUGUGAGGAAGGUCCAAGCCAACAGAAGAACUCAAGGGUCUAGAAGGCGAUCGAGGGAAGACCGUUCUCAGUGAGUCGGGACCAGGCGACACCGUUUACACGACCCUGCCCCCAGCCCUAGGGAAGAUUAGGAGCAAGCGCCACGUGACUUCAGGAAAGAACCCGCACCCCCCAAAGCAACCACUGACCACAGCCCAAAGCAAACUUCACUUGUGUUUGAAUGGGGAACAGGAGGGAAGCGUGGGCUGAGCCCCCUGCGGGGGGGAGCCCAGAGAAUCGGAACAGCUGUCCGGCUUCUCCCGCGUGACAGCAAGGCCCCGGCCAGCCCUGGGACCCACCAGAGAAAAUCCCGCCGCCGGCCCCAUUACAGCUCAGCCUCCGAGGGCCGAGCUGUGUCCCCAUUCAGAAGGCGGAGCCUUGAAUUAACUUCGUGGGUAGACCAAAGCGCAGGUGAUCAGUCAUUUCUCCACAGGAAGCUAAGUUAUGGAAAAGGGUGCUCAGGAAACAAACACAACUUUUACAUCAAAAGGUUUUGCACAUUUCUAAUGCAAUGUGGGUUUACUGGUAAAUUAUGUCUACAGCUCAUUUUGUACUCUUGAAAUGUUUGUCAUAUGCUUACUGCAAUACAUAUUUUUAUCUCAAACAUGUCAACCAAACUGUUUUUUGGGUAUAAAAAGAAUUACUCCAAGUUGGGUAAUUCAUAAAACUCAAGGUUUAAGUUAAUUAGUGGAUUGAACCUAGGAACAGGACUUUAUACCUCUUUUUAUAUCAAAUACUCAUUA